GAGAACUAUGAGACGGUGACCUCGCUGGGAUUCCCCAUUCCCAAACCUGACCUGAUCGCCCAGCUGGAAAGAGAGGAAGAGCCGUGGGUCCCAGAUCUCCAAGCCACCCAGGAAAGAAAGAGCCCAAGAAGCACCCACACAGCAGGUGAUAGGACAGUGAGUGAGAACAAGGAGGAGAAUCAGCAGCAGGAAGGUCCUGAGCAAGUGGAACUGCAGGAGAGGUUUUUGAGAAGAGCUGAAGGGAAUUUUUCGCACUUGGAGCAGGGAAAUGCCUGGGGAGAUCGACACAGAUCAGAGAUGCAGCUGGGAAACUAUCCCAGAAAGAAACUGAACAAAUCAAUUCAACGUGGCAGAGGAUGCAAGGAUCCGAAGGAAACCACAGUCCAGCAGACAAGGCACAAUGAAGAGAAACCCUGCAAAUGCCUUGACUGUGGGAAAAGAUUCCGUUUCAGUGGAAACAUUCUUACACAUCAGAAAACCGAGACAGGAGAGAAGCCUUAUAAAUGCUUGGACUCUGGAAAAAUCUUAAUUCAGAAGUCACCAUUUAUUAUACACCAGAGAGUGCACACAGGAGAGAGACCUUUUAAAUGCUGUGAGUGUGGGAACAGUUUUAGUCAGAGUGCAACGCUUAUUACACAUCAGCGAACCCACACAGGAGAGAGACCCUUUAAAUGCCUUGAGUGUGGGAAAGGUUUUAGUCAGAGUGCAACACUUAUUGCACAUGAGAGAACACACACUGGAGAGAGACCCUAUGAAUGCCAUGAGUGUGGGAAAAGUUUUAGUCAGAGCUCAGCACUUUUAACUCAUGAGAGAACCCAUACAGGAGAGAGACCUUAUAAAUGCCUUCAGUGUGGGAAAGGUUUUAUCGCAAGUUCAGCCCUUACUAAUCAUAGGAGAAUCCACACAGGAGAAAAACCCUAUAAAUGCCCUGAGUGUGGGACAAGUUUCAAUUUGAAAUCAACCCUUACUACACAUCAGAAAAUCCACACAGGAGAGAAACCGCAUGAAUGCUUGGACUGUGGGAAAGCUUUCCGUUUCAAAUCAAACCUUAAAGCACAUGAGAAAACCCACACAGGAGAGAAACCCCAUAAAUGCUUGGACUGUGGGAAAACUUUCUGUCUGCUCUCAUACCUUAUUAAACAUGGGAGAAUCCACACAGGAGAGAGACCUUAUAAAUGCCUUGAGUGUGCGGAAAGCUUCAGUAGGAGCUCAGCGCUUACCACUCAUCAGAGAAUGCACAAGAGAGAGAGACCCUAUAACUGUUUUGACUGUGGGAAAAGCUUCAUACACAAGUCAAGGCUUACUGUACACCAGAGAGUACACACAGGAGAGAGACCCUAUAUAUGCUGUGAGUGUGGGAAAGGUUUUAUUCGGAGCUCAGAACUUAUUACUCAUGAGAUCACCCACACAGGAGAGAGACCCUUUAAAUGCCUUGAGUGUGGGAAAGGUUUUCGUCAGCAUGCAACACUUCUUGCACAUGAGACAACUCACACUGGAGAGAGACCCUAUGAAUGCCAUGAAUGUGGGAAAAGUUUUAGUCAGCGUGUAACACUUAUUACACAUCAGCGAACCCACACAGGAGAGAGACCUUAUAAAUGCCAGAAGUGUGGGAAAAGUUUCAGUGUGAAAUCAACUCUUAAUGCACAUCAGAAAACCCACACAGGAGAGAGACCCCAUAAAUGCUUUGAGUGUGGGAAAAGCUUCAUUCAGAAGUCAAAGCUUAGUGAACACCAGAGAGUACACACAGGAGAGAGAUCAUAUAAAUGCCUUGACUGUGGGAAAAGCUUCAUCGACAGAAUAAAAUUUACUAGUCAUCAGAGAAUGCAUACAGGAGAGGGACCCUAUAAAUGCUUUGACUGUGGGAAAAGCUUCAUACACAAGUCAAGGCUUAUUGUACACCAGAGAGUACACACAGGAGAGAGACCCUAUAUAUGCUGUGAGUGUGGGAAAGGUUUUAUUCGGAGCUCAGAGCUUAUUACACAUGAGAUCACCCAUACAGGAGAGAGACCCUUUAAAUGCCGUGAGUGUGGGAAAGGUUUUCGUCAGCGUGCAACACUUCUUGCACAUGAGACAACUCACACUGGAGAGAGACCCUAUGAAUGCCGUGAAUGUGGGAAAGGUUUUAGUCAGCGUGUAACACUUACUGCACAUCAGCGAACCCAUACAGGAGAGAGACCCUAUAAAUGCCAGGAGUGUGGGAAAAGUUUCAGUGUGAAAUCAACCCUUAAUGCACAUCAGAAAACCCACACAGGAGAGAGACCCCAUAAAUGCUUUGAGUGUGGGAAAAGCUUCAUUCAGAAGUCAAAACUUAGUGAACACCAGAGAGUACACACCGGAGAGAGACCAUAUAAAUGCCUUGACUGUGGGAAAACUUUCCUUAAGCGCUCAGAUCUUAUUAAGCAUCAGAGAAUCCACACACCAAGCGACAAAUCCUAUAAAUGCCUCGACUGUGGGAAAAGUUUCCCUGACAGAAUAAAACUUACUGGACAUCAGAGAAUCCAUACAGGAGAGAGGCCCCAUAAAUGCUUUGCCUGUGGGAAAAGCUUCAUACACAAGUCCAGGCUUAUUGUGCACCAGAGAGUGCACACGGGAGAGAAACCCUUUAAAUGCCAUGAGUGUGGGAAAGGUUUUAGUCAGUUUGCAACACUUAUUACACAUCAGCGAAGCCACACAGGAGAGAGACCCUAUGGGUGCCUUGAGUGUGGGAAAAGUUUUAUCGCAAGUUCAGCCCUUGCUAACCAUAGCAGAAUCCACACGGGAGAAAGACCUUAUAAAUGCCACGAGUGUGGGAAAGGUUUUAGUCAGCAUGUAACACUUAUUAGACAUCAGCGAACCCACACAGGAGAGAGACCCCAUAAAUCUUUGGACUGUGGGAAAAGCUUCAGUAAGAGCUCAGCACUGACCGAACAUCAGAGAAUGCACAAGAAUGAGAGACCCUAGGAACAGCUUGACUGCAGGAAAAGAUUCAAGUUGACUUCACACAUCAGCGAUCCACACAACAGAGACCUUGAAUGUGGGAGAAGCUUCAUUUGGUGCUCCCGGAGUAUCAGGUGUCUGCAAAUCCCCAACAGGAAGAAACCUCUGAGAUGUUCUCAGUGUUGAAAAUGCUCCAAGUGGCGCUAACGCCAUGUUGGACGUCAGAGACUCCUCCAUGGUGCAGGGAAAUUCUCUCAGGGCCCUGACUGGGACCGACAAUGGUGACAAACCCAUUUCCUUAUUCCCACACACAUCAGGGGCAUUUGGCUCCCAAGGAUCCAGCUACCCGUCGCUGGGGGGAGGAUCCAGCAGCAGCCGAGCAUCAGCUGGUCAGUGACUCUCUGGCACGGCCUAGUCUAAGCAAACCCCAGGCAGAGGAGGAGAAACCCCCAUCAGCCCCUCCUCCCUGCUGCAGCCCUGGCUGCUGAGCUGAUGGGCCACAGGUAGGGGAAGGGAAAGAGAGAAACUCCUCCAGCUGCCCCCUCUGCCUGGCUGAAGUCCCCGCCAUCCCUUCCCCUGGCAGCUGGGAUCCCCCUGCCAUGGAGAUGAGGAGAAGGACACUAAAGGGCCAGGCCCCACCUUCAUGCUAAACACCUCUCCCCAUUCCCCAUCUUCCACCAUCCCCUGGGCUGGGCUCCCACACUGACCUGGAGCUGUUCCCUGCAGCUUGAGUGUCCGUGGGGGCUGGUAACUCCUCCCCUUUUCACAUCCCCCACUGGAUCACUCGUGCCCUCUGCCCCUUCUCCCUGCCCCCUUUGCAUUCAGACAGCAGCAUUAGCAGAGACUGAUUCCCACAGGGUCUUUUCUUAGAAGCCUGGAUUUCCCACCUCUGCUACUACAGCAUCAGCCUGUGAGAGGGAAACAGCGUUACGUAGUGGGUAGAGCACUGGCCAGGGACUCAGGAGACGUCAGCUCUGUUCCCAGCUGCUUGCAGGGUGGCCGGAGACAAAUCUGUGCCUUCCAGAGAGGGAAUAAAUGGGGAGUGAUAAUAUCAGCCUCCGAGCGUCUGUCUAGGGCAGGAGAAGUGGUUGGGAUUAGCUGGUGCGUCUCCUUUGUUCCUCCACCCCUUUUUCUAGUCUAGACUGACCCUGAGCAGUUUCUUCCAAUCCCCCAUUAGCAAAGUGAUUGUUAGAGUCACUAAGUGCCCCCUUGACAGUCAGAUUGUCUCAUUCCCAGACAUCCUCACAUUGCUCCAGGUUCUGCUGAAAAGCAUUGCAUUUUUUCUGGUGCUUCUCUGUUAUCCGCCAGCAUUCAAUAGAGUCUAAAAGAGCUGGAGCAGGGAUAGCAACAUAAUGUGGUGUUUUAACUUCUGUGUUAUUGGAGGGGGAUGGGUUGAGUCCGAGGGAUUCCCUCCCACCCCCAUCAACCUCACACGUCUUCUCUCACAGAGCAGCCUCUGCCCAAGCCGAGGAGAGUUUAUCCUUUUCCCUUUCUACCCCUCCACCUUCACGUGUGUCAUUUACCACAGUGUCCUUUCCCCACCAUACUUAGGAAUCAGGCUGUGAUUUCUUUAAUCCUCAAUCAGGCCCCUGAGGGCUGAAGAAGAAAAUGUCACAUUCCUGAGAGGGGAAUUCAAACCCAAAGCACAGUUUGAGCUUAAAUCUGUAGCCCAUAAGGUUAAUUUUCUAGCUUGUUGUAUUGGCUAGAGUGAUUUCUACAUUGAUUUAAUUGAUUAUAAUGUUAUCUUCAGGGAGUUUGGUUUAUACCGGAUCUCAAUAUAUAUGACUCAGAAUAGUUGGUUGUAAUGCAAAGGAGCCUACAGGCCUGUAUCCUGUAAGAGGAAGCUUAGCUUGAAUCAGAAUGAGUGAUUGCAACCUUUGACAUAGAUAAAUAUCCUAUUGGUUACCCCUUUGUCUCUGGGGGAACUGACUAGAGAAUCGAAUGAAGAACCGAGGAUGUUUACCUUAAAUUUGGAACAGACCGGUAACCACAGGGUGCACUGCAGCGGAACAUGGAAGUUAUGAUUAAUGUAAAAGGUAAUGAUUUCAGGGAUGAGAUAAUCAAUAUUAACAUGUAUGAAUAUAUGUCACAAUAUGUUAGCCCAUAGAAUAAGGGUACCCGAAGAUUUCUCUGGGUGAGGAAAUAAGAUUUGGGCAUGGUAGAUUGGGCAUGGCUAUGAAUAUUCCUGCCAUUAGGAGGACCCUAUAAAAGGGCAAACACCCAUGCAGAGGGGUCGCUCACUCGUCCCUCUUUAUACUUUCUAUUAAGCUAUCAGCUCAGCCUGGCAACGUAGCUACUCCUCCGGUCCUGACUUCGACCUAGACCAUCAAAUCUGUCGGGUAUGCCAGAGACAAGGCUGGUCCGCUGUCUCCUACUACUCAGUCUUCAGGGAAGCAUGUGAGCCUGGUAGCUUAAAUAGUCUUUAGGAAUGUUACCACCAGGAACUUUAGAAUUGUAUUGCUUAUUUGUGACUGUGCCUUGGAGCUUUGAUUGCUUUUUCACUUGUUUUAAUAAAGAUCUUAAAACUC